UUUAUGUAUAGCUUCCGCCUAAUAAAUGGAGCAUGGAUUGAAUUCUAGGGCUGGGUACCACAAUAAUAUUUGUACCACGGUGUCGGUAUUUCAUCAAGUACCACGGUAUACCACAAAGAGAAUAUUGAUGUAAAUUUUUGUUUCAUUUCUUCCAGGUGAAAUGGAAGUACCUGUCGGCCCUAUUUCUAACCUUGUUCCACCAAAGUACCACACUCACCUACAUAAGAGAAUAUUAAAUUCUCUUAUUGUGGCCAGUGAGAAGAGUGCAAAGAGGCUGCGAGAAAUAGCAGUAAAUGUUCCAGUUAUAGUUCAAGAAAAAACAACAGAGGUCUACUCACAUGUACUUCAAAAUUUGACAUCUUUGGGGCAACAAGCUGUAGCACAAAUUAAUCCAUGGAUUAUAAAUGUGUUGAUUGAUUGGGACAACUUUGAUAAAGUUAUUUGUAUUUCUCCCUUGCCAGGCACUGAUGAAACUUUCAACGAACAUGAAAACGAUGAUGAAAACAAUGAUGAUAAUGAAGACGACAAAUUCAAUCAUGCAGCAAUACUACCUGCUAUACCCUUUUCCAAUUCCCAUUCUGUUGAUACAGAUGAAAACUUCAGAUGGACAACCCAAUCUACAAAACUUCUCAUCAGCCAAUACAAAGAAAAUCAGCAAUCAUUUCUUAAGGCAGUAAAAAAAAUGGUGGUAUGGAAAAAAAUAGCAGAGAAAUAA